AUGAUGUGUUAAAAAUUUACACAAAAUAUGUGUUAAACAGUUCGUAACACAUUUUGUGUUACUGCAGACACAUUGUGUGUUAAUAUUGUGCUUAAGUGUUUACACAAUGACUGUGUUAAACACAUUUAAACAGUAUGUUGGAAUAAAAUGCAUUUUUGUCUGGAGUCAAAUGGCACUGUGUUAUGUGUUUAUGUAGUUUAUUUAUCAUAAUGGUAAUAUAAAAUAAGCAUUUGUGAAAAUGUGGCUGAAAAUUCUGUAUUUCGGGAUUUAUGCUGUGUAUUUGUGCACGCGCAUGCGCAGUGACGUUCUUUUUCAACCGUCGCUCUCCGGGAGCUCUGUCGGAUAAUGCACCUCUCUGCCUCAGGUGAGUGAAAUUAAUUAAAAUUCGGCUACGAUAGUAAAUAUUUCUUCCACUCUGCGUGAGAAUGUUUUGUGUUAGUUGUCCAGGAAGUUAUUUUUGUUACUUUUAUUAUGUCUCCAUGUUUCAUACUCCAAAUACACGGGUGACUUGGCAACUCGGUCAUGUACCAUUAACUUUAGCCGCCUAAGCUAACGCAUCUGGCGCGUCUAUUGCAAAGCUGCUAUGGCACUCGGCAGAAUUGUUAAUAAUAAGUUACAUAUUUAAGGUGAAAGACUGACCCUAAAUAUGUAUUGCAUUUUGGUAUGAGAGUUGCCGUCACUUUAAAAUCUCCGGCUUCGCGUCACUUUAAAGCCUCCGCAUCACUGACACUGGAGGUAAAUUAACGAUACCGGACACAAUUUAUACAUUAACGUUUUAAUCAUAAUGUUAUUUGAUAUAAAACAUAAGAUGCCGCUUUGCGGCAGGAAUUUGAACAAGAAUGCCUUUCCAUAUCAUUAGUUUGGCGCUUUGUACAGACACCAAAUGGCGCCGCUGUGUGAGCAAAUUCAUAAACAAUAUCUAACGUUAAAAUAUGAAGAUCUUUAUUGUAAUCAACAUUGCGCGCCAUUUUGUGCUAACCGACUAGUCAUAUACUAUUUAAAAUCUGCUUUUUAUUGUCAUACUCAUUGUUACAUGUGUUUGUUUUCUCAUUGUGCUUGUAUAUACAUGGAUUUCUCUCUCUUUUACUUAGAUGAUGGAAGUCGAGGAGCAAAUUACAGUCACUUUAACAGUUUUACACCGAGUUCUUGCAACUGUCUUCAUAGACGAAAAGGAAAUAUGGAGAAAACUAUUCACAGUUGGCAGUGUUGGAGAUCUGAUAGCCUCAGUCAAACCUGAACUGUCUCAACAACUAUCUCUUGAUCGAAUAUUGAAAUUUGACACAGAUUUUCAAGAGUUCAUUGACACUGAUGUAAAUGCAGGAGUACAGGAGCUUGACAAAUUUCAAAUGUAUUAACGUUAUAUUGCAAGCAACACCCCGGACUCAUUAGAAAGAAGUGUGCACUUAUUACAGGUAAAACAUUAAUAUCUUUCUCCCUUUAUAUUACUAUAGAUAAAAGUGAACAUUUCAAUAAAUAAAAUGUUUUUGGCAUUUCUAGUGUCCUUUAACAGAUUCAAUUCAGACUGGCACCACAACUAGUUUGCUGACGCUGCUUGAAGAAAAAGCCCCUACAAUCCUGAGAGAACAUGAAGAGACUAAGACGCUGUCGAUUUCCUCAAGAAAGAUUCUUGUUAAAGUUGCUGUCAGUGACCUUGUAGAGAAACAUGGAUUCUAUCCAUCUGGUACAGAAAAGCUGGCUCUAGCAAAAGAGAUUGUGUCAUUGUUCCCCUUGUUAAGGAUUCAGGUGCCCUUUGGGGAAAAUGAGGGACAUGAGCAUUUUUUUGAUGGGCCAUCACACAGUGGAUUUAUUGAAAUGAGAUUACGUAACAUCAGACGGAAGCUUCAACAGAGCCAGCGGGUGUACAGUUUGAAACGUCGUCAUUGUACACCGCAACCUUCUUUACCAAGUCCAGAUGAAACUGUACCAAGUGAGUGGUUGACUCUGAUAAAGAGGAUGCGACCAUCACCAGAGAAUUCAUCAUCAAUAAAGACUGCAAUCAAUCAAACCUUCAGUUACCGAAGGAGAUGGAUAACAACAAAAUCCCCAACUGUUGCUGAAAUCUUCAAGGAAUAUCCUAGAUUUCUUGACAUGCCAGCUUUGAUGGACAUUGAAUUUUCCAAGCUCACCGAUGGGAAAGAAGACUUGUUUAUCCGGAAAUGGGAAGGGACGAUAAUUCCAAGACUCAAGGAAAUAGCAUCCUCGGAGAAGAAAAAUGACAUCAGACACUUACUGGAGAAGGCUGAGAAUCAGCAUGAUGAUGAACUGUGUUACACUAUGUUGAAGAUCCUUAUUCAUCUUCUUCCACCCACUGCAUCUGGGAGAAGUGUUGCUGGGAGUAAAUGCUGUGUGACUUCUGCUGUGUCCUACCUGUUGGAGCAAGUGCCGAUAUAGUUUUUAUUGUGUUAGCUUGUGAUAAAUAAAAUUGUUUUUAAUGGAGCAACAUUUUCUAAUGCUUUUCAUUGUUUCAUUUUUGAAGGCUGGUACCAACGUUACAUCUUUGCUCGCUGAAUCCAUGAAUGGGACCCUGAAGUCAGCUCAGCCGCAGUUGGUUUCCAUCGGUUCUCUAGGACAUGGAUCCCAGUACGUAAUUGUGGCAAAGAAUGACUCUUUUGCUCUUCCACUUGAUGUUGAAAGCCUGACCUGUGCUGUAGACAGACUUUUCAAAUUCUACUGGCUGUGCAACCUUCAGUAUCCAUGCCAACUGUCUUCUGUUUUUUCUUUUUUUGAACAUAUAUAUGACCUGUCUUUGUCCCAGUCAUCUUGCAAACGAUCAAAGGUCAUGGAAUUGAUUGCUAAGGUGCAGUCUCGUACCUAAUUGAAAUAAGCAUGUACACCUGUCCAAAGUGUCUUCAAAAUGAUUUUGUUGAAACAAAGGGGUUAAUUUGGCAUUUAAGGGAAGUGCAUGCACUCUCUGAUAGUUACAACCUAACUUUAAUUUGUAGUCAAAAUGGUUGCCCAAGAACUUAUCAUAAUUUCAAUUCCUUUUUAAAAAAUCUGAACAGAGAUCAUUUUAAAACGAAUUCAUGCCCUUCUGAAGAGUCAGGACAUACAAAGAACUUAGAUAUAUCCUAUCAAAUUGAUGAAAGCAGAAUAAAUAAUUUUGAGGAUAAUGUCUAAAACAGAGCUAGUUCCUCAGAGCAGUUUAAACCUAAAAGACUGUGCUGCAGCUUUUGCUGCCAGCAUGUAUGCCUCUUCUAAUGUAACUUAUACUGAUGUUCAAAAAAGUAUAACCUGCACAAAAGAAGUUAUUGAUCGUACCUUAGGUCAUUUGCAAGAAAAGACUAAUACUUUACUUAAGAACUUGGCAGUUCCGCUAGAUAGUGCUGAAGUUCAAACACUUAUGAAGGAUUUUGACAAUGCUAGAAACAUGUUUGGUGACAUAGAUACUACAUUUAAACUAACUAAGUAUUUUUCUGACAAUUUUUCCUUUGAGAAACCAACAGAAGUGUUUCUUGGUCACAGAUUAGAUUGUCUUAGAAAGAAUGGGGGGAAAAGCCAGGUGCUUGUGCCUGUCACAUGUCAGUACAUCUCAAUAAUUAACACAAUUAAAUUUUUAUUUAGUUGUGACAAAAUGCAAAAUAUGUAUAUGCAGUCUUGCGGUGAACGAGAUACAAUGCAUGAUUAUUGUGAUGGUGCUCAAUAUUCUAAACAUCCUCUUUACCAAAACCAUCCAAAUGCAUUACAAAUUCAGUUAUACUUCGAUGAUUUGGAAACAACUAAUCCUCUUGGAUCUAAAACAAAGAUUCAUAAAAUGGGGGCUGUUUACUUUGCUUUACGAAAUGUGCCGUCAGAAAAAAAUUCUGUACUUUCCAAUAUCCAUUUAUGUCUCUUAUUUAAUUCUAUUGAUAAAGACAUUUAUGGUUUUGACAAAAUUUUGGAACCUCUUAUAACAGACUUAAAAGAAAUUGAGCAGAAUGGUAUAGAGGUCAAACUACACGAUAAACAUCAAUUACUUUUUGGAACAGUCUGUUUGCUGACAGCGGACAAUCUUGCCUGUCACUCACUCUGUGGCUAUGUGGAAAGUUUCUCUGCAAACCGAUUUUGUCAAUUUUGUCUAAUUGACAAAUCAAGUUCCCAGAUUAUUUUUGAUGAAAAUAAUACAGAGAGACGUACAAGGGAAAACUAUGCAUACCAUGUACAACUCAAUGAUGCAAGUGCAACCGGUGUCAAACAUAACUCAUUCCUAAACAGCCUACAGUAUUUUCAUGUCACUGAGAAUAUUGGUGUAGACAUUAUGCAUGAUGUGUUGGAAGGAGUCGGACCUCUUGAGGUCAAAUUGAUGCUGCGGCAUUUCAUUUAUGAAGAGAAAUGUUUUUCUCUGGAACUUUUAAAUGAAAGAAUAGCAGCUUUUGACUAUGGCUAUGGAAAUCAAAAAAAUAAACCUAGUGUUAUUGUCAAUCUGAGGACAUCUGAAAACGCUAUUAAGCAGACUGCAUCACAGAUGUGGUGUUUACUACUAGUCUUGCCUUUUCUGUUAGGUGAUUUAAUUGACACACAGAGCCCACACUGGCACCUUUUCCUAAUGUUGAGGGAAAUUUGUGACAUAAUUUUUGCACCUGUUGUGUCAAAAGGGCUUGCUGUCCAUCUUAAGCAGCUAAUAAUUGAUCACCAUACACAGUUCAAGAUUCUUUAUCCUGAAAGGAAUCUAAUUCCUAAACAUCACUACAUGACACACUACCCGAGUAUUAUGACUUUAUUUGGACCGCUUUCAAAGUUGUGGUGUAUGAGGUUCGAAGCGAAACAUCACCCUCUUAAGCGACAUGCCCAAGUUGUUUGCAACUUUUGUAAUAUUUCAAAAACACUGGCUCAUAAACACCAGAUUCAGCAAAUGCACCAAUGGAAAUUAAGCUCGAAACACAAUUCUGAGAUGAUUGUACCAAAUGCUUUCCUAGUUGUAAUUGCAUCUUUGUAUAAGGGUGACAAAUUGCUUGACAAGCUUAAGACAGAUACACAUUUUGAGACUCUUACUUACACCAGUUCAAUUCAUGUGAGUAAUAAUAUCAGUUUUUUGGGGACAACAUACCAGACAGGAUCUGUUCUGACUUUAAAAGCAGAUGAAAGGGGAGAACCAUUAUUUGGUGAAGUUAUACACAUUAUUCCCCAAAGUGAAAGAGAAUGCGCACUUAUGUUUCUGAGAGUUUUAAGAGUUAAGUAUUUUGAUGAACAUCUUUUUUCCUUCAGUGUCAUCAGAACAAAUGAUUUUGACAUGGCUUUGCUGCCUGGGGACUUAAUAGAUUACAGACCUCUAGACAUUGUGACAUUUUGCGAUCAGCAGUAUGUAACUCCUAAAUACAAAAUUUUGUUUUAAACAUGUUAGUGGUUGAAACUUUGGUAACACUUUAUAAUAACUACACUAUAAAUCAUUUAUUAAGAAUUAGCAAAUAGUGAAUUUAUUCAUUUAAGCAUUAACUCUACAUUAUAAGACAUUAGUAAGCGGUUCAUAAAUACAAUUACAAAUGCUGUAUUCUUGACUUAUAAGUACAUUUAUAAUGCGCUUAACAAUUGUACUUUUAUACUUUGCUUCUGACUAAUUUUUCACUACUGAAUUAAGGACUGCAUUAUUUACAAACCAUUUGUAUUUGAAAGUUUGAAUUAUGAAACUACAAUCAUUGAGCACAUUAUAAAUGCGCUUAUAAGUCAAAAAUUCAGCCUUUUGUGGCUGUGUUUAUGAACUGCUUACUAAUGUCUUAUAAUGUAGAGUUAAUGCUAAACAAAUAGUGAAUUAACUAUUUGCUAAUGCUCAAUAAAUGAUUUAUAGUGUCGUUACUAUAAAGGGUUACCUAAAUGUUUAAGUGUUUUGACUAGAUUUGACAAUGAUUUAUUUUGUUAAGACAAGCAUCUUACAUGUAGGUGAAUGCAUAAACGUUGUGCUAUGGUUACUUAUUUCUUUCACUAGAGAAUUUUAAAAAAUGUAUAUGUUGGGAACUGUUUCAUACAUAUUUGACAGUUUAUAUGGCGUGCGUAACAGAUACAAGUUCAAUUUAAUGAAUGCUUUUAUAAAGUGAGUUUUUAUGUUAUACAAUGAAUUGUUUGUACAAUGAAAUGCUGUAAAACAUUUAAAUGCAUUAUUUUCAUGUUAAAAAGGAAAAAAUAA